CUGUCGAACCGGAUGGCGUGGGACCUGCGGAUGACCGUCGAGUGAACUGGCAGGGUUCAGUUCAGGGUUCAGUUAGGGUUAGCUAUGUCUACGCGCGCUCGGAGGACAGUCGUCGUUCGCCGUUUCAAUUCCGUUUGACAUUGCCCGUUGCCACUGCUAUUCCAGCCCACUAUACUCUCCACCGACAGCCUCAAGCCUUGGCGCAGUACAAUAUGUCCGCCCUGUUCAACUUCCCUUCCUUGCUAUUCGUGAUACUACUCAUCAUAUGCACGUGCACAUAUAUACGGGGACAGUUCCCAUCAAUACUGGAUCGGAAUAAGACAGGUGUGCUAGGAUUAUUCUGGAAGGCGGCGAGGAUCGGGGAACGAUUGAGCCCAUACGUUUCGCUGUGUUGCGUAUUAAUGGCCAUCAGAUUGAUCAUCUUUUCGUGAAGGGUUGAUCGGGUUUGGAGACCUUUUUGGAGUAGCACUUACAGAGUGCGGUCUCCUACCGUCGGAGGACGUUUGACCAAGGUCAAGUUCAGCUUUCGCUGAGGAUACCCGCCUUUUUGUCCUUCUCCAUUAAUUCGGAGGCUCCUGGGAUGGCGUGCCGUCGACAGUCUUCCCCAUCCAGAGAGACCUCAGGACAGGUUCGCUGCGUCAGACUUUAUUCAAAUCCCCCGACGGACACGUAGUGCUUCAGAAUAUCUUAUUUAGCUCUAGAUCCUACCCAAUACAUGUACACAAAAAAAACAUAUAUAAUA